CCAGCAAGUCGAGCUGAGCCUUCGGCGGUGUCGGCAGGAGUCCCAGGCGGGCAUUGGGCGAAGGCUGCGCUUUUGCAAAGGGACGUUGCUGUUUUCCCUCCUCCCCGGUGCCCGGAGGCGGCGUGGGACGGAGAGAGGGCCAUGCAGGCGGAAUCCGGAAUCGUGCCGGACUUCGACGUCGGCGAGGAGUUUCACGAGGAGCCCAAGACCUACUAUGAGCUGAAAAGCCAGCCCCUGAAAAACAGCAGUUCUGAGCACCCCGGAGCAUCCAAGCCUCCACUAAGCUCCUCCAGUAUGACCUCACGGAUUUUGCUCCGGCAGCAGCUCAUGCGUGAGCAGAUGCAAGAGCAAGAGCGCAGAGAGCAGCAACAGAAGCAGCAGGCAGCCCAGUUCAUGCAACAGAGAGUGGCCGUCAGUCAGACCCCAGCCAUCAACGUCAGCCUCCCCACUAGCCUGCCUCCUGCAACUCAGGUCCCAAUGGAAGUCCUAAAGGUGCAGACUCACCUGGAAAAUCCUACCAAGUACCACAUCCAACAAGCCCAACGCCAACAAGUCAAGCAGUACCUCUCCACCACGUUGGCCAACAAACACACCAACCAAGCUUUGAGUUUACCAUGUCCAAACCAGCCAGGUGAUCAUGUUAUGCCACCUGGCACGGGAAGCAGUGCACCAAAUAGUCCAAUGGCCAUGCUUACGCUUAACUCCAACUGUGAAAAAGAGGGUUUUUAUAAAUUUGAAGAGCAAAGCAACAGGGCAGAGACAGAAUGCCAGGCACUGAAUACACAUUCUCGGGCAUCUUGCAUGCAGAUGGACGAUGUAAUUGAUGACAUAAUCAGUUUGGAAUCCAGUUAUAAUGAAGAAAUCUUUGGUUUAAUGGAUCCCGCUCUACAAAUGGCAAAUACGCUGCCUGUUUCCGGUAACAUAGUAGACCUCUAUGGCAACCAGGGCAUGCCUCCUCCAGGACUCAACAUUAGCAAUUCUUGUCCUGCUGACCUUCCUAACAUAAAAAGGGAACUUACAGCAUGUGUAUUUCCCACAGAGUCUGAGGCAAGAGCACUGGCCAAAGAGAGACAAAAGAAAGAUAACCACAAUUUGAUUGAACGAAGAAGGCGAUUCAAUAUUAACGAUCGUAUAAAAGAACUGGGCACUUUGAUACCCAAAUCAAAUGAUCCGGACAUGCGCUGGAAUAAGGGAACCAUUUUAAAAGCUUCUGUGGACUAUAUCCGUAAGCUCCAAAGAGAACAGCAGCGUACAAAAGAAUUAGAAAACAGACAAAAGAAACUGGAACAUGCCAAUCGGCACCUUUUGCUCAGAAUACAGGAACUUGAGAUGCAGGCUCGAGCCCACGGACUUUCCAUUGUUCCGUCAACAGGCCUUUGCUCACCAGAGAUGGUAAACAGGAUUAUCAAACAAGAGCCAGUCCUUGACAACUGCAGCCAAGAGAUUUUGCAACGUCACCGCAACCUGUCUUGCACCACGACUCUCGACCUUACUGACGGCACCAUCAGUUUCAACGAUAGCCUGGCCAAUGCCAUGGAGACGGCUGCCGGCACUUACACCGUCCCUACAAAAGUGGGAUCCAAACUGGAAGACAUCCUGAUAGACGAUACCCUCUCUCCUGUUGAAGUUUCUGACCCACUUCUCUCAUCAUUAUCUCCCGGGGCUUCAAAAGGAAGUAGCCGAAGGAGCAGUGUGAGCAUGGAGGACAAUGAUCAUGCUUGUUAGUGGAUCCAGUCCCACUGCUUGAUCAGUACAUUAAGUAAUUUGAUCUGUUUUCUUAAUAACUUCCUUUCAGUAUAAAUUUCAGAUAGCCCAGUGUAUGUGACUUUUGUAACGUUUGAGAGACUUGUACAUUAUUCUAUUUUAAAAAAAUACCAAUGCUUCCAAAAUAGUGUUCUGUACCUAUGAACCAGACUCUCCAAGAACACUAAAAUGAGUCGUGUCUACUUGAAAGCAAUAGUGAGAUACAAAUCCACAAGUCCGUGAUCCACUAAAGAUGACGCUUCGUUACAUCUGUAAUGAAACCUGUUGACCUGGAAAUGAAAUGUAGAAGAAUGUAAAGAAACCAAAAAAAGAAAGAAUUAGCUUUGUAAACUAUUUUUGCGUUUAUUUAAUAGUGCCUCUGUUUAAAUAUUCAGUACCUGCUAACCCAAUGAAAUGUAUCCCAAAGCAUUAAAGAGAAUACCUAUAUAUCUAAAUCGAUAUAGAUAUAUAGAUAUAUUCAUAUUAUUAAAAUCUUCACUUGUAUAGAUAAUUAACUCAUAAUGACCUUAAUUAAGGCACAAGCUGGAAAUGACCACAAAACCCAGUAAUAGAUUAAACUAUAAGUUCAUAAGCAGGAAGUACUAUCCAAUGUGGAGGUUUCCUUCUAAAUCGUGGCUUAAUUUUUUUUAAAAGUCACUUAAUUAUGACAAGAAAUCUUAGAUUUAUGAAUUCUCAAUUCAAGACUCUUAAGAAAAGUCAGCAUUUUCCUUCAACUGAGCAUAACAAUUGUUUUUUUUAAAAAAAUUCGUUGUACAGUUAUCUGAUUUGCAUGAAUUUUUCAGUUAUUUUAUUUUUCAUUAAGAAUACAUUUGUAUUUUAUUUGUAACAAGACACUGUACUUAUAACUUUUUUUGACAUUUUAAACCCCCCACUUGUGGGUGGCUGUUUUUUUUGGGGGGGGGGACGCAUUAAUUUGUACACACUUCAGAGUAAGAUUUUUGUGUAGGUUCUUGUCUUUUCAAGAGUGGCAUUGUGAUGAUUUUGUAUAUUACUGCCUCACAUCGAGGAAAUGUUUUGACACAGACAGAUCUUUAAAGCAAUAGUACAAAGUUAGUCUAAUUAACAAACGGAGCUUUGUGUAAAACUCAGCAGGGAAAAAAGAAUCCCUGAAUUGUAUGUAUUUAUUUUUUAGCAGUACAGGACAAAUAGUAAUAUGCUUGGAACAACUAUUACUAUCACCUCCUUACUGAGUGGUGGGAUUCAGCAGGUUCGCACCGUUUCGGCAGAACCGGUUGUUAAAACGCCUCUUGUAAACAACCGCUUGUUAAAUUAUUUAAAUCCUGCCACCAGAACCGGUUGUUAAAUUAUUUGAAUCCCACCACUGUCCUUACUGCUCCUGUCAGACUGUUUUCAGCAUCGAGGUUGAAAGAAAAAUUGACUGUAUUUGCAGGUAACUGUUACUUGAUCCCAACUUUGUGAAGGUUUUAACUUGCAGCAGUGUUGUCGUGAGAGCAUGUUGUGUACAUUAUCUUCUCCAACAUAGUCCUAUGCAAUAACAGUAGUGCUACUUGUAUUAUUAUUCUUAUGCCUAAGUAUUUUAUACAGUGGCUUAUGGUCUUGCCAGUUCAGGAAGGGAUUGGCGUCCUACAUAGCUGCCGCCAGCCGUUCCGGAUGCAAAUGACAGGGGAAGCAUAUCUUGUUCAGAAUGAAGUGCCUUAACUAUUGCCGCCUCUUCAUAAAUUAGCACUGACUGAAGUAUAAGGCUGGGGGCGAGGGGAGAGGAGGAGGUGGCUGUAGCAGUGGGAGGCGGCUUAGUGUUUGUGUCGUAAAGGAAGCGCCUCUGAAUGUCCUCUCUACCCCUGUGUUCUUGAAGUGAAGUCUUUGACUCUCUUUCUGUGCCAGUUAUGCCCGGGUGCUCAGAAAACCUGGGCAACGGGCAGCUGCAUGCCAGUGGGACAUGAUGACCAGGACUGGACGAAACAGUAAAGUCUCAAAGAUGUAAAGUUUAAUUUUUAUGAAAUAGCCUUGACGUCACAAAAAAGGUCUCAUUGUGCACUUUUUUUUCUCAUUGCUAACCACUGAUAGUGCCGCCAGUUUCCACUUUUCCUGAAGAGGGAGGAUUACAUGAGUGUUUGAAAGCGCCUUAAACUAAAUCAGACUUUUGGUCCGUCAAAGUCACUUCAUGUUUCCAAGUCAGUAUUGUUUACUCAUGACAGACAGCUGUCCUCUGGGAUCUUUUACAUCACAGAUUACCUGAUCCUUUUCAUUGAAGGUGUUUGUGAUGGCAUUUGAGACCCGCCGCUCUACCACUGAGCCCCUCUCUUCUUUAAGGAAGUGGUAAAUUUACGGCAACCCCAUCAAGCUCUCAAGACAAGAGACAAACAGUGGUGGCUUGCUAUUGCCUGCUAUGGGGACUUCCUUGGUGGCCUCUCGUCCCUGGCUAGCUUUUGAGAUAGGAUGAGAUCAGACUAGUCUGCGCCAUCCAGGUCAGAGCUCUCCUAAGGCAGGAAUUCCUAAACAAUUGGCAGAUAAUUUCUUCAUCCAAUAUCGUAAUGUUUGUUGUCAGAACUUCAGCAUAGACACAGCCCGAAUUCUGAGGCAAAAACGAGUCUCGGGAGGUAGUUUAGCCAGGAGAAACUCCUUUGUGAUGUUCAGUUCUGCAGCAUUUUGCAUACUAGUUUGAACUCAAUAAAACUGAUGUCUUGCUUGAGAGUAUACCUCUGCUGCAGCACUGAGCCCUACGCAACACACAUGCUUAAGUGACCCACUGAUGGUUCACACCUAAACAGAAUCGCGCCCCUUCUAAGUCUGUCCUAGUCAAGGGGCUUAGAAUGGUGAUCUGUUUAAGGUUGCCCAGGAUUUAGAUUUCUUUUAGAUGAUAUAUUUGGCUCCUAUCAGCUGGGAUUGAAUGGUUUAGCUUCUUUGACACACCAUGCUACCAUCCAUUGCACUUUGCGGGGAGGGAGGUUCCAUGUUUUUGGUUGGGGUUUCUUUGUACCAGAAGCCACACAUUUUACUUGUAGCGUUUGCAUGUUGCCUUCACACCAUAUAAGAGCGGGGAACUGUAGGUUUUGGAUGAAGGUAUUUAUUAUUUGUAGUUGACACCAAGAAGUCAUGGAACUGGUAGACCUUACUGGACAACACAUUUACAUGGGAGAGGCAUCAGAAACAUUCAGAACCAAGAAAAUGUGGUUGCUCCAACACAUCUUCAGACUACAAAGAAUGCACAAUACUCCAGAAUGUUAAAAAUAUGGGGAGAGUCAAGAGAUAGCAGACCAGGGGCAGGGAGUACCCAGCAGUUUUUACCUUUGCCAAAACCAUGCAAGAUAUGUUAGUGCCAUAAACUUCGUCCUUAAUACUUGGAAAUAGAUAGUUAGAUAUAUACAAAGCAAUAUUAACUCUGAUGCCUAUAAAGCCUUUAUGAAAGUAUACAAGGGGGGGAAAAAGCAAAGCACAAUAUAAUGCACUUACCAUAUUUUGGGGUGUGAAAUGCACUGGCAAAAAAAACCCAAAAAUGGAUGGUAUCAAAGGCCUCUGUAUCUUGGGGACAAUGAAUGAAUUACUGCCUCCUGUUCUGGAUGCUUAGUACCAUGUUGUUGUUGAUCUUUCACCUGCUGACGGCCACAGCAAUAAUUUGUGUCUGGUCCAUAGCACUGUAAACGAUGGAUCGAUAUUAUUGUAAACCACUUAAAUAAUUUGGACUGUUCCUAAUAGAUGGAUUAAAGCUUUUGUUUCUUUUUUUUUUCA